AUGGACCAUGAUAACGAUGCCCGUCAGGUACUCGGUCCAGCGCCAGCCGCAGCCGCUCGCGAUAAAGGCGCCGUCGAUGAUAGGGCCCAGGGUCGGCGCCGCAGCGAUGGUGAUGCUGUAGCACACCAUGGGAGUGCCCCGCUGGCGUGGGGUCCAGAUGUCAACGAUGGAGCCGCCCGUGAUGGAGAUGGGGCUAGGGAACUACAGCGAGAGCAGGCCGUUUCCGACCGUAAACCUCACACAGAGCGCCCAGAGCAUGGGUCCAAGGGCGAAGCCGAAAAUGAGCAGACUGGUGCCCGCGUUGGCUACCUCGGUAAUCAUUUCUUGACAGCUCUUGUCAGUCACAGCAAGAUGGACUCUACUUUGGGAAAUCUCUCCAUGCCAGGCUUGGCACAAUCGCACGUCCAAGUGCGGACCUGCAUCCACUGUCGCCAACGUAGAGUCAAAUGCGACCGUCAGUUCCCCCAAUGCUCUAAUUGUAUAAGGUCCGAAGUCAAUUGCAUCUAUCCUCCCGGUCGAGGCAGGGCACCCAAGAGGCCAAAACGUAGCCUUGCGCCUGAAUUAUCAGAACGUUUAUCCCGCCUUGAGAAAAUCAUGGGACAGUUCGGCGCAGCUGGUAAGUCAAAUGUUGAGGACCUGCGUGAUCUUCUUUUUGAGCCUGCUAGUGAAGAUGCUGGCUACGAGCCUUCCAUCUCUUCAUCCGCCACCACCACCGCCACUUCACCAUCAUCUCCUCAGCUGGGACUGAAUGCUGUCAUUUUUGGCUAUCGCGCCAUUGAUUCACCUCUGUACCAUUAUCAUCCCUCACUACAACAAGCUGUAAUGCUCUUUGCCGCAUUCCGUGAGAAUGUCGCGCCGCUGGUCCGCAUAUUUCACAUGCCGACCUUGACAAGAAUCUACUGGGAUGCCAUCGCUUCUCUGAGCACAGUCGACAAGCAUACCGAGACCCUGUUAUUCACUAUUCAUUAUUCAGCUGUCAUCAUUCUUAACCUGGGGCAAUGUCUGAAUAUUCUGGACGAGACUCGUGAAGCUGCCCUGGAAAGAUAUCGGUUUGCGGUGGAACAGGCUCUCGCUCAAGGCAACCUCCUCAGUACUCAGAGUAUGACCAUGCUGCAAGCUGCAGUGCUUUUCUUGUCUGCUCUACCAAAUGAAGACGACUCGCGUGCUGCAUGGGCACUCACAUCUCUGGUCUUCCAUAUCGCAAGGACCAUGGGUCUCCAUCGCGAUGGCACCAUAUUCGGGCUAAAGCCUUUUGAGACCGAGCUGCGCCGCCGUUUAUGGUGGCAGAUUUGCAUCAUCGAUAGCCGCUCGUCAGAAUAUCACUGUAAUGAGCCUAUUGCCCAAGGUUUUGUGACAGAUACCAAGCCCCCGUUGCACAUCAAUGAUAUUGACUUGUCACCUGAGAUGGUAGAGCCUCCAUCUGAAAGAUGGGACCAUGCGACUGACAUGACGCUCACGUUGGUCAGGUGUGAGGCUAUACAAACAGGUCUGAAGAUGGGUCGCAUGAGACACAAGCAGAACAAAGCAUCAGACGAUGGAGGUACUCCAAGGGUAGAUGAUGCCUCUGACUCUCCCAAGUCUCUGAUCCAGGAAUUGGAAACUCGGCUACGGGAUAAAUAUCUACCUAUCUGUGAUACUUCCGUACCAUUUCAACUUCUUUCUUCAGCAGUGGCACAGAUCAUCCUUGGACGAUUCUGGCUUAUUACCCAGUAUUCAGUAGUGUCACGAGAAAAGGAUGUCGAUGGCAGAAACAAGAGCAACCAAUUUCCUCCCACUCCCAACACCGCAGGCCAGCUGGAGAACAAAGUGCGCGAUGAGCUUUUCCAAACUUCAAUCAAGAUACUAGAAGUGUCAGGCAUGCUUCUCACGAGCAAAGAGAUCGUACAAUUCACAUGGUACUCAAAAACUCAUAUCCAAUGGGGUGCCAUGGCAUUUGUUCUCUCUGAGCUAUGCGCUCGACUUCAAUCAGCACAAUGUGAUCAGGCAUGGGACUGCGUAACGGCAGUAUACGAGGGAUGGAAGGUCGAUGAGAGCAGACAAGAUGAAACUCGCCUUGCCUUGUGGCGUCCUAUAAAAAGGCUCAUGGCUAAAGCUCGCUAUGUUAAAGAAAUGCAGCAGACUACUCCUGGGCGGUCGUCAAACGCUGGUCGUAGAGUUCAGAGAAGAGAUCCGGUUUUGUACUCUCCUUCACCGGGACUUUUCUCGCAGUAUCCAACACCAGCAUACUCUAACAAUUGGUAUGGACAGCUGCAGCAGACACCGCCUUCUACAUCAGCGUCAGAAGUAUCAUUGCCUGGCAUGGCAGCAGUGCCACUUGACAGCAGUCGUCAGUCAGAUGCCCUACAGAGAGUACUUGGCACGGAAACUCUAGGCCCUUUCAUGGAUAUGAUUCCGGAAUGGCCCUGGGUUGAUGUUGAACAUGGAGCUUCAUCUCUGGCGGGGCUUGAUCUUGGGCCACCAAGAUUUAAUUGA